GACUACGACCCCAAAGGCCCGUGUGAGUGAUGACUGACGAGAGGCAGAGGCAGGCAGACACCAUUCCACCUCCGUCGUCCCGUCUCGUUCUCGUCUCUCCUUUCUUCCCGUCCCCGACAAGAGCAGUAAGUCUUUUCUUUUCCCCUUCUCUCCUCUUCCGCCCCGGGACUCUUUCUCGGUCUUGGAACCGCACUUUCUAUUGCUGCCAGCGCCGUCGUCUCUCUUUCACGGUUCCACCUCUUUUGGUUUACCUGCUGCGCGCUCUAGGGUAUGGAUCAAGAAUCCGCUUCAAAAUCCAGUGUUUUAGCCAACUAAUGACGCCUCGUCGGUAGGUAGAUAUCUCAAAUCUCUUUUGGAGCUCCGCUUUGGAUUCUUCUUGGGUCGCCGCUUCUCGUGAAUCGUGAUCAGCCGCAUUGUGUUGUGAAGUGGCAGCUCUGUCUGGGUUCCUUGGAGCUGCUUUGGAGCCGCCUGCAGCUGCGAGAGUGGUUUCCGUAGGGGGCAAUGGCGAACGACGGCGAGCAGUCGGCGAUCGCCGCCGCCGUCGAGCCUGACGUAGAGCGGGAACGCCUCGGCGGCGGCGGGAGGCGGCUCACCGAGGAGAGCUCUGACGAGGAGGAGGGAAGCCAGCGCUUCUCGGACGCCGAGGACCGGUCAUGGCACUCCCGCCAGAACUCCGCCGCCCUCGAGAACUACACCUCGACGUGCACGCCCGUCCCCUCCGGCGCCGGCGGAGGGGAAGGGGAACGCGAGGUCACAGCCGGGGCCGGCAGGAAAUCGUGCGUGUCGGAGUGCUCGCUGGACGACGUCGACCUGGAGGCGGGGCCGGCCGAGAUCACCAAGGCCAGCCCCGACAAGGACGAGCUGAACUGCCGCAUCUGCCACCUCGGCCUCGAGAGCGCCGCCGUCAAGUCCGGCGCCGGCAUCGUGCUCGGCUGCUCCUGCAAGGACGACCUCUCCUGCGCCCACAAGCAGUGCGCGGAGACCUGGUUCAAGAUCAGGGGCAACAAGAUCUGUGAAAUUUGCGGCUCAACGGCAUGCAAUGUAGUAGGUUUCGGUGAUGCGGAGUUCAUCGAGCAGUGGAAUGAAUCAAGCAACUCUGCAUCUGCACAAGCACCAGCCAGUGAAACGCGGAGGUUUUGGCAAGGGCACCGGUUUCUCAACCUCCUUCUCGCCUGUAUGGUGUUUGCUUUCGUCAUAUCCUGGCUCUUUCACUUCAACGUCCCUGGUUGAACCCUGUCGCCUGAUUUUCUCAAUAAAAUGCUUCAAAGCCAAGCCACUGUUUGUGCCAAAUUGCUGACCAAUAUCAAAAGAGUAGAAAAAUGAAAAGCAAACUCGGUGGAACUGAACUGAAAAUUCCAAGAAAUCUGGCUGAUCAUUGGUGGAGUGGGGGUGAAAGCAUGGUUGAGGAUGGUGUUAGUUUUAUAGGAAGUCCUUAGUAUUGCAUCAGCACAAAAGAAGGCAGAUAUUGUGUAGAGAUUGGGGCAUGGUGCUCAUUUGUAAUCAAUCGUUCGUGGUGUAGGUGAAAGCAGAGAACAGAAAGAUGUGAUGCAUGGUCGCUUUACUAUUAAGGUUUGAACAAGUUCUUUUUGUUGAUGUGCUUAUUAAAUGCUCUACAUCUGCUUACAGUUUA